GCCCAUUAACGCCUCAUAGGUCCACCCGGUGUGUGUGGUUGUGAUAUUGAGAGGUCACAUAUUUUCGAAAAUCAAAUUAACUGGAGCAGGGAAAAGCCAGGAUGUCUGGAGAGUUGUCGCUCAACAUAAACAUUAAGGAGCCAAGAUGGGACCAAGGCACCUUCAUGGGGCGGGCCAAACACUUCUUCAAGGUCACCGACCCCAGGACCGUCCUGCUGUCCUCUGAAACUCUGGAGGAGGCCAGAGUAAUCGUAGAGAACUACAGAGCUGGGACCGUGAAACCUGGCCUGACCGAGGAUGAGCUCUGGAGAGCCAAGUACAUCUACGACUCCGCUUUCCACCCCGACACCGGAGAGAAGAUGUUCGUGAUUGGCCGGAUGUCUGCUCAGGUGCCAAUGAACAUGUCCAUCACAGGCUGCAUGCUCACCUUCUACAGGACUACUCCAGCGGUCGUGUUCUGGCAGUGGGUCAACCAGUCCUUCAACGCCGUUGUCAAUUACACCAACCGCAGUGGAGACGCUCCCAUCACCGUGAACCAGCUCGGCGCCGCCUACGUUAGCGCUACCACAGGAGCCGUGGUCACCGCGCUGGGCCUCAAGUCUCUAGCUACGCGCCUCCCCCCGAUCGUCAGUCGCUUCGUCCCUUUUGCUGCCGUUGCUGCUGCCAACUGUAUUAAUAUUCCCUUCAUGAGACAGAGGGAGCUGAAGUACGGCAUCCCUGUGAUGGACGAGAACGGCAACAGGUUAGGAGAGUCGGCCAACGCGGCCAAACAAGCCAUCGUUCAGGUGGUGGUGUCCAGGAUUGGCAUGGCUGUGCCUGCAAUGGCCAUUCCUCCGGUUAUAAUGAACUCUCUGGAGAAAAGAGCUUUCAUGAAGCGUUUCCCAAUUCUAAAUGCUCCUGUCCAAGUGAGCUUAGUCGGUCUGUGCCUGGUGUUUGCGACUCCUCUCUGCUGCGCCCUGUUCCCUCAGAAAAGCUCCAUGAGCGUGAGCGGGCUGGAAACGGAUCUGCAAGAGAGGAUACGGCAGCUAAGUCCAGACACCACCACCGUCUACUUCAACAAGGGCCUGUAGGCACAUGAGCAGAAAACAUGCAAACACACACACACACACACCUGUUAUCAUAAGCACAACCUUUAUUUAUGCUUUUGCAGUCAUUUGGAGUUUGUUAUAUAUUUGGUUCUUGUAUUUUUUUUUUUAUUUUGUCUUCCUCUGACAGAUAACACAGGCAUCUGAUGAUCACUGAUGUGUGGUUUACUGAUACGCGUUUCCUGCUACAUGUAAUGUACUAAUAGAAUAUUCCAGUUUAAAUGAAGGCUGUUAGUUGUGUCUCUAAUUGCUCCUGGUUGUAACGUUGCCUUGUGUUUCUGCUCUUUAAACCUUUUGUUUUUACCGGGGUUUGCAGCCUGUGGCUUUAAAGCCCUUCCCUGUUGACUCUUAAUGGGGGACAUGUUGCAAAAUCCACUUUUCUAGCUGUUACAUUCAUUUAGUUGUGUACUUUUAGUCUUUAGGGGUGCGGAAAAAUUUAUUUUAGCUUAUAUUCUCUUUGGGUUAUAUUUUUCAAGCCAAUCAGUUUUCUUUGUUUUCUAUAAAAAAUAAAACCUCAUGAAUUA